AUCAUUUCCUUCGUUUACAAAAUUUCUUCACUGACUCACAAUUUUGAUAACUGCAUUCUUGUAACAAUAAAUUAAUUUGAGUGCAUAAAAUUAAAAAACAAACAAUGGUGUUGGCUUUGGUCUAAAUAACAUUAGGCAAAAUAUUAUUUAGGAAAUAUUUUUUCAACAUUAUUAAUCCACUUGUUCGAUAGCAAGUGGUACCUAAUUGUAGGUGUGUAAAGUGCAAAUAGAUUAAUACAAAACGGCGUCAGGUCGCGAAAAGUUUUUGAGUGAACACACGCCACUAAUGGACGGACACGUCGGCGCAGGCAGCAGCACGCGUCUGAACGGUAGUAGUGGCGUGGAGCAAAGGAAGCGUCAAAAUAUCAAUUAUGGAGCUAAUGAUCAAAUUGACGGGGCUAUCUUAGAUGUGCCAAAUGUCGUCGUACGGCCGGCUAGACAACGAAACAGGCCCACCGCAUCGCAGGCAAAUGCCGGAGCACCAGGCAGCUCUAACAACGGCCCUUAUCAAGCCACUAAUGAAGAAUUAGAUGAAGAGGGAUUGAAAUAUGGAGCCCAACAUGUGAUUAAAUUGUUCGUGCCGGUCUCUCUUUGUAUGCUUGUUGUGGUUGCCACAAUAAAUGCCAUAAGCUUCUACUCGGAAACUGAUGUUUACCUUUUAUAUACACCGUUUCAUGAAAAGUCUCCUGAUCCUGGGGUUAAAUUGUGGAAUGCUUUGGCAAACUCUAUGAUCCUAAUGGCUGUAGUUGUUGUAAUGACAAUUUUGUUAAUUGUUUUGUAUAAGAAGCGCUGCUACAAAAUUAUACAUGGCUGGUUGAUUCUCUCAUCUUUUAUGCUACUCUUCAUUUUCAGUUUUUUGUAUAUGGAAGAGGUGCUACGCGCUUAUAAUAUACCCAUGGAUUAUCCCACAACGAUAUUAAUAUUGUGGAAUUUUGGAAUCGCUGGUAUGAUGGCAAUACAUUGGCAAGGUCCUUUACGCUUACAACAGGGCUAUCUCAUAUUUGUUGCUGCCUUAAUGGCAUUGGUAUUCAUUAAAUAUUUGCCUGAGUGGACAGCUUGGGCGGUUUUGGCUGCCAUAUCUAUUUGGGAUUUAAUCGCUGUACUUUCGCCAAAAGGGCCUUUGCGUAUACUCGUAGAAACUGCACAGGAACGCAAUGAACAAAUCUUUCCGGCUUUAAUAUAUUCCUCCACUGUUUUAUAUGCCAUCGUUGGUGCCACGACUACCGAAAGCAAUGACAGGAGUGUUGGAGGCAUUGAGAAUGGCGUACAACAUACUGAGGAGCAUGCUUCUUCCUCCGCCGGCCCGGCACGUCGCACAGGUAAUGCCAGUAAUGUGGUGAAUGACGACGCCGCCCAGGCCGCCGAAGGUAUGCCACUAGUCACAUUUAAAAGCCACGGAAAUGAUGCCGGAUUUACUCAAGAAUGGACAGAAAGCCAUGCUGAACGUGUGUCCAGUCGGCAAAUUGAAGUACAAGCUAGCAAUGGACAAAACGCUAAUCGUUCGACGGAAUAUCGCACAACAACUACUACCCACAGACCCACAUCAACCUUCGAGGCGCAAGAACGCGGAAUCAAACUUGGACUUGGCGAUUUCAUUUUCUAUUCUGUAUUGGUUGGCAAGGCAUCAAGCUAUGGCGAUUGGAUCACUACCAUUGCUUGUUUUGUAGCGAUAUUAAUUGGACUUUGUUUAACACUUUUAUUAUUGGCUAUUUGGCGCAAAGCUUUGCCAGCACUACCCAUUUCCAUUACAUUUGGUUUGAUAUUUUGCUUUGCUACAAGUGCUGUAGUGAAGCCAUUCAUGGACAGUUUAUCCGCCAAACAAGUGUUCAUAUGAAGACAAUUUGGGUAAUAUAUAAUUAACAUAUAAUCCUCUAAAUCUAAUCUCUGGGUAAUAUAUAAUAAUCAUAUAAUCCUGUAAUUCUACUGUAUUAUAGAAUAGGUAAAACGUAGCUGAAAAAAUUACGUAUCGCAAUUUAGUAUUUAAGUUUUAAUUUUUUUUUAAAUAGACUCCACAAAGGAUCUUGGUAUAUGUAACAUUUUCUCAAUUAAAAAAAAAUAUUGGCAACAAACCAAUGCAGAUCAUACAGAAAUAAUAUUCUAAUAAAUUAAUUAAACAUAAGAAAA